GGAAGUAACAGAGAAGAGAACAAGAAGAAAGAAGGAAGAGGAGGAAGAGAAGGAAGAGGAGGAGGAAGAAGAGGAAGAAGAAGAGGAAGAAGAGGAAGAAGAGGAAGAGGAAGAGGAGAAAUUAUUUACAUCUUCAAUAAACUAAGUUCAAGUUUAGCAAGGAUGACUACGCUAGCAAGGAGAAAUUCUUCCAUACACAAGAUACGUGAAUACCAGCUGGACAAGAUAAGGCUGGAGGACGAGUAUGAGGUGGUGCAGGCGCUGCAGGAGGGCUGGCGGGGGCGGCUGUUACUAGUGGAGCAUCGCAGGACGGGACACGAGGUGGUGCUGAAGGCCAUCCACAAAGCUUCAUCCUCUAGACUUGACUUCUUUAGAGAGUUCCACUACAACUACUACCUGUCCCCGCAUCUCAACAUCCUCAAUGCUUACGAUGUGGCCUUUGAGACAGACGACCACUAUAUGUUCGCCCAGGAGUACGCACCGCUGGGAGACCUCACCACGAACCUCUCUGAUUGUGGCCUGGGGGAGAUAUUCACCAAACGCAUCACACGCCAGCUCGCCUCUGCUCUAGACUUCAUGCACUCUAAGGAACUGGUGCACCGAGACCUCAACAUGGACAAUAUUCUGGUGUUUAAGAGUGACUUCAGCCAUGUCAAAGUGUGUGAUUUCGGCUCCACCAGGAAGAAGGGCACGCUGUUGAAGAAGAGAACGGUAUGGCUGCCUUAUGCCCCGCCAGAGAUCGUGGACGCUGUGCAGAAUGAAGGCUUCCAUGCUGACCCUGCCCAGGACGUGUGGCAGCUGGGCAUCCUGGUGUACGUGCUGCUGACGGGGCAGCUGCCGUGGCAGAAGGCAGACGUGACGGACCCGCACUACGCGGAGUACCUGCACUGGCGCAAGCGGCGCACUCUCCGCACACCAAAACGCUUCGCAAACUUCACGUCGCGGCUGCUGCGGAUGCUGAAGCGCCUGCUGGAGCCCAAGCCGGAGAAGCGCGCGGCGGCCAAGGAGGCGUACAAGUACCUCGAGGACCGCUGGGUGGUGCGCGGAGGUGGCGGCGGCGUGGGCGGCGGGCGGCGGGACGUGGGGGACAUUGACGGCCAGAGCGUGUGCUACUCCACCUUCUCGGCGCACUCCUGCCCCAGGGAGAAGGACCGCGUGCUGGGGGCGCUCAAGGCACACGGCAUCGAGACCACCGUGGACCGCGUGGCCAAGCGCCAGCGCAUCCACGAGUGGCUGGAGCGCUCCCUGCUGGGCGUGCCCGCCGUGACGGGGCCCCGCGGCGAGACGCACCAGCCCACCCACCCACACCAGCACCACCACCAGCACCACCACCAGCUGCACCACGUGACGGAGCCCAUAGCCACACGCAGCCAGCAGUACCAGGAGUUCGCAGCGCUGGCGGUGAAGGUGGCGCAGGCCAAGGUGCCGCGCGACGCCAACCACAACACCCACAACACCCACAACACUCACCACUCACACGACUCCGCCAAGCGACACUCACACACCGACAAGGACGACAGGACCUUCCUCCCCCUGCAGCGCAGCAGGACCGACUCCUUCCUGCUGGGCGGGGCGCCGCGCCGCGCCCACUCCAGGGAAACCAGCCCAGACUCAGACGACACGGGCGGCGCAGACACCAUGGAAAGCCUCAAGGCACCGCUGCGCCCGCCGCCCCCGCCGCCGCCACAACGCUAGCACACCCCGCCCACCCACACACACACACACACACACACACACACACACACACACACACACACAAUGGUCCAUAUCUUCCCCAGUGUAGGUGUAAGGCGUGGCCACCACCAAGGGCCAUGAGAUAAUGAUGUACGAGAUGCCUUACCCUCAACACAACACCUCAACUAUGCAAUGCCUGUGUGUGUGUGUGUGUGUGUGUGUGUGUGUGUUAUUUAUACAGUUUUCUCGUGCUGCUGUUGUUGUUGUUAUCGUUGUAGUAAUAGUAGUAGUAGUAAUAAUAGCAGUAGCAGUAGUAGUAGUAAUUGUUGUUGUUGUUGUUACUGUUGUUGUUGUUGUCGAAAAGCUUAACAUGUCUUGUUCUGAACGCGUAUCUUAAGAUUAUUCUAAGUAAGAGUAGUAGUUGUACUUGUUGUUGUUGUUGUUGAAAUAGUAGUAGUUGUAAUAGUAGUGUUGGUAAUGGAGGUGAUGGCGGUGAUGGUGGUGGUACUGUAGUAGUAGUAGUAGUAGUAGUAGUAGUAGUAGUAGUAGUAGUAGUAGUAGUAGUAGCUUUAAUUAACAGUAUUACUAAUAUAAUUACUACCAAUAUUUGAAAUCUUCCAUCACCACCACCAUCACCACCACCACUCUCUCUCUCUCUCUCUCUCUCUCUCUCUCUCUCUUAGAACAAAA